AUGGAGGCCGAGGACUACGCGGCCGGGUGCUGCUUCUCCCUCAUGUGCCAAGAGGACGGCGCCGACCUCGGCGACGGCUUCGCCGACGACGACGGCGGCAAGCUGCUGUUGAUGUGCAGCGCCGGCGACGACAACGACGGCGAGGAAGACGAGGAGGGGUACAUGGACCACCUGGUGUCCAAGGAGAGCAGCUUCUGCUCCGCCGAUCCGUCGCCUUCCAUGGCGUCCGAGGACUGGUUCCAGUGCGCGCGCCGCGACACCGUCCGGUGGAUCCUUGAGACGCGCGGGCACUUCGGGUUCUCCCACCGCACGGCGUACGUGGCGAUUGCCUACUUUGACCGCUUCUCCCUCCGGCGAUGCGUUGACAGGUCGGUGAUGCCGUGGGCGGCGCGGCUGUUGGCCAUCGCGUGCGUGUCGCUUGCGGCGAAGAUGGAUGAGUGCCAGGCGCCGGCGCUGUCGGAGUUCCGCGCCGACGACGACUACGAUUUCAGCUGCGACUCCAUCCGCCGCAUGGAGAUGCUCGUGCUCUCCACGCUCGACUGGCGGAUGGGCGCGGUCACGCCCUUCGACUACCUCCCCUGCCUCUCCUCCAGGCUCCGGCGAUUCAACGGCGGAGGCCGCGGAGGUGGCGGCGGCCUCAUCGCCGUCAAGGCCGCCGCCCUCAUCUUCUCCGCCGCGGAAGCCGCGAGCGUCCUCGACUACCGGCCGUCCACCGUGGCCGCCGUCGCCGUCUUGGCGGCCACCCACGGCGCGCUCACGAGGGAGCCACUGGAAUCCAAGAUCAGCAGCCUCUCCCCGACCUGCCUCCUCGAGAAGGAGGAUGUAUAUGCCUGCUACACCAUGAUGCUGCGCGAUCCAUCGUCGCCGAGCAAGACGGCCAAGAGAUCGGCGUCCGACCGGGGCGACGCCGAUAGUACAUACGCACGCCUGGACGCCGCCUCCUUCUCCGUCGCGGCGGCGAUGAACAACAACAAGAGGGUGAGGCUGGAGCUGCCGGCCGUCCACCGGUGA